GGGUUUGGUGAUGCCUUGUAAAUGUACUUAGAAACUCAGAAAUUAUCAGUUAUAUUAAGAAGAAGUGAUUUAGAGGUUUUUUAUCAAUAUAUCUAUCUCUUUAUUUAAGUCUUCAUCUUCUUCAUUUUACAACACGUUAUCAGCACGAAACUGCUCAAAACUCUUCAAGAAAUCAUCAUCUCCUACAGUAUUAUGGCAAACAUAAGCAAAAAAGAAUUCGACGUUCUUGAUCUGUCCGGUCAAAAAUAUUUGGAAUGGAAAGUGGAUGCUUUAGCACAUUUAAAGGCCAACGGUCUCGAAGACACUAUUGAGGCAAAUAAGCCAUCAUCUUCCCAAAACAAAGCGAAAGCUAUCAUUUUCCUCCGUCAUCACCUCCAUGAAAGUCUCAAAUCUGAAUAUCUUUUGGUUGAUGAUCCAAAAGAAUUAUGGGACAAUUUACAAGAGAGGUAUGGCCACCAGCAAAAGGUACUUUUGCCAAAAGCUCAGUAUGACUGGAUCAAUUUAAGAUUCCAGGAUUUUAAAUCAAUCAGUGACUAUAAUUCUUCCAUGUUCCAAAUAACAUCUAAACUAAAGUUAUGCGGACAAAAAGUCACUGAUGCUGAUAUGUUGGAGAAAACCUUUUCUACAAUGCAUAUUUCUAAUAUGCUGCUACAGCAGCAAUAUAGAGAAAAGGGUUUUAAAAAAUACUCCGACUUAAUAUCAGUAUUACUUGUAGCUGAGCAAAAUAAUGACCUUUUGAUGAAGAAUCACAAUUUAAGACCCACUGGUUCUAGUCCUUCGAUUUAUGGUCCAUCUGGACAUAAUAUAGCCACUGAAUCAAACGCAACACACAGUGGCACGCGAAGGCAUUUUAAACACGGGCAUUUUAAUGGUCAUAAUAACAAGCCUAACCGGGGAUAUAAACAGGUCAAUAGACCAAAUUAUAAAGGCAAGGGCAAACAAAAGGCCCAUCAAAUAAAUCGCCCUCCAAAAUCCUCGGGAAAGUCAACUUGUUAUAAAUGUGGUAUGACGGGGCACUGGGCUAACAAAUGCCGUACAGCAAAGCAUUUGGUGGAAUUAUUUCAAGCUUCCAUGAAUCUCAACAAAGAUAAAAAUAUGGAAGCUAAUUAUGUCAAUGACACAACUCCACCUCUGCCAAAGUUUGACGUGUCCGAUUUUUUCGUGGAUGAUGUCAUUAUGGACGAUGCUUUUGCCACUAAUCCAAAUGACACAAAAUAAAUUAUAGGACUUUCAUAUUGUAAAUUAUGUAUUUUCUUUCGUAUCCUUUAUGAUGUUAUCAUAAAUAAGUUAUGUAAUAAAUGUACUUUAAUGUUAUAUAUGAUGCAUAAUUUGUGUUAUUUGCAUAUCAAA